CUAGACUUUUGCACUCUUUAAUCAAGUGUGAAGUUGGGUGUUGUACGUAUAAAUGUGUAUUACAAAAAGUAGUAAGAACCUGUUAAGUAAGGAUCCGUGAUCUAAAGUAUUGUUUACGCAAUUAGCUUACUUGAACAGCAAACAAACAAAUAAUUCGGUCGGGACACAUGAAUGACGGAAAUGAGCGAGAAUGGUGAUCAGGAGGAGCGACUGGAGUCUCAGCUAACGCCAGCGACUGCUGAAAUUCCCCUGUGACCUUGCAGUUUGGGCUUAAGGACUCGAAGCACCUAUGACCUUUAUUUUGGAAUAAGGAACAUGUCUCUGUUUACCUUCAACCUUUAUCACUACACUGCCUCAGCUUCUGGAACCCACCAAUAUGCCGGCCAAACAUGAUUAUAUUCAUGUACAUGUAAUAUUCAUCUUCCUGACCUAUGCCUAAACGUAGGUUGGCGAAAAAACCCUUUUCUUCCCCCAAACCCCAUUUAUGUGUAUUUUGGCUGUCCUGAAACACCUGUCCUGUGGUUCUCAGGUUAUCUUCUGCCAUGCUCCACAAGAAAGGGUCACUAAUCAUUUGUGGUGCUUUCUUGUUUGUUGCUUGGAAUGCCAUUCUUAUAUUUGUCCUAUUGGGACGGUCUCCCGUUGUCCAAGUGGACAAUGGUUGGCUGACAGAGCCUAGAUACGGGGAGGACCAAUAUAUUUCAGCUCAUAAAGGCACAGAAUAUGGCAAUAUUAUUAAGGAAUUAAUGCAAGUUGUUAAUGCAUUCGAGACAGAACUUGAGUCACAGAAUAGAAUCCUUCGUCAGAUUCAGAGGCAUAAAUCCUUGUUGGAAAAAAGCAAAAAUGAUGAUACAGCUAUAAAGAAUGACUCAAAUGUUGAAAACCCAUCUCAUGUGGUCAUUCCCAUCUUGGUCAUGGCGUGUAACCGGGUAACAGUGAAACGCUGCUUGGACAAACUCCUUGAGUACCGCCCUUCAGCUGAGCUCUUUCCAAUCAUUGUGAGCCAGGAUUGUGGACACACAGAGACGGCAAAAGUGAUUGCCUCAUAUGGCAGUCAGCUGACCCAUAUUAAACAGCCUGAUUUAUCGGACAUUUCUGUGCCUGCGUCACAUAGGAAAUUCCAGGGUUACUACAAAAUCUCACGACAUUAUCACUGGGCUCUAAACCAGGUGUUCAACACCUUCUCAUAUUCCUCUGUAAUCAUAGUGGAGGAUGAUUUGGAGGUUGCAUCUGACUUUUUUGAAUACUUUAAGGCCCUCCACGCUUUACUGAAAUCUGACCCCACUCUGUGGUGUGUGUCUGCUUGGAAUGACAAUGGCAAGGAGGGAUUUGUUGACCCUGGUAAAUCAAGCCUCUUAUAUAGGACAGAUUUCUUCCCAGGACUUGGAUGGAUGCUGCUGAAGGAACUCUGGCUUGAACUUGAGCCAAAGUGGCCAGCCUCAUUUUGGGAUGACUGGAUGAGGCAUCCUGAUCAGCGCAAAGACAGGUCUUGCAUUCGUCCUGAAAUAUCUAGGACUUUAACUUUUGGCCGUAAGGGUGUGAGCUUGGGUCAGUUCUAUGACAAAUACCUCCGCUUUAUUAAGCUCAAUAAUGAAUUUGUGCCUUUUACAAAAAUAGAUCUGUCUUACUUGGAGCAGAGGAAAUAUAAUGAGGCUUUUGAGAAGGAAGUUUACAGUGCUCCCGUUGUGACUGUAGAAGAGCUGCAGAGUGGGAAGCUGUCUGGGCCAGGUUCCUUCCGUGUGCAGUAUUCCAGUCCAGAGAGUUUUAAAAUGCUGGCGCGCAGUCUGGGACUCAUGGAUGACCUGAAGUCUGGAGUGCCACGAGCAGGUUAUCGAGGUGUUGUUAGUUUCUUUUUACGAGGUAGGCGGAUCUACAUAGCACCGCCUGCUGGUUGGACGCAGUAUGAUCCAACUUGGAGUUAAGGAAGACUGUGCCUAUCUGCCGGGGAAACAUUCUGUGUAGUCAGCACAGAUGUGUGUUAUAAUUUAUCAUGUUGAAUAUACGUCAUACAAUAUGGUGCAAAUAUACUAACCUUAAAACUAUAUUAAUAAAUUUAUUUUAUACCUGGUUA